AUGUCGGAGGCUGAAGUGUCUAUUUCGGAAUCGCCGGAUUUACCUCCCUGCGUGAAUCCUGGUAACCCGGUGUUUUCUUGCAUGAUGAAAUCUGGCCCCUCUUCAGCGUUGGCGACAACUCGGAAUCCCCUCUACAGAACUUCUUCCAGCGACUACGGCGUCAUACCUCCUACGUUUGAAACAGCCCCUUGUUCCUACCACCCGGUGUCACAGAAAUUCUCCAAGCUCUUAGGAAGCAGUGGGAUGUACCGCAACACCUCCUUCAACACCUGUAUCGACAGAUCAAGGGUUUGCGACAACCCCAAUUUACAGAAUACUCUUUGA